GAGAUACAAAGCUAAACAGGUCAAAGGAAGAAGAAGAAGAGGGAGGCAGCGGUGGUCGUCUGUCUGUAGUGGCGGCCAGGCGGCGGCUCUCCUUGAUUCUGCUGUCGUUCCUGCCUCACACCCAUGGCCGAGGAGAUGGACGCCCCGCAGGAGGAAGGCGACGACUACUAUACAUUCCUCAACAUCCCCAGGAACGCAACAGAUGAUGAGAUCAACAAUGCUUACCGGAGGCUGAGUCGGUUGUACCACCCAGACAAACACACUGACCCAGACCGCAAGGUGGAGGCCGAGCUACUCUUUAGCAAGACUAAACGUGCCUAUGAAGUGCUGAGCGAUGGACACAUGCGUGCAAUUUAUGAUAACCUGGGCACUGCUGGGCUGGAGACGCAGGGCUGGGAGAUUGUUCAGCGUACCAAGACUCCACACGAAAUUAGGGAAGAGUAUGAGAGGCUGGCACGAGACCAGGAGGAGAGGCGGUUACAGCAGCGGACCAACCCCAAGAGUUCUGUCAGCAUGACCAUCAAUGCCACCGAUCUGUUCUCUGUCUAUGAUGAGGAGUCCCCCUUCCUGGAUCUUAGAGAUCUAUUUGGGUUACCACACAUUGAGAUAAGUGGCAUGAGUCUGAACCAGAGCAUUGAAGCACCCCUAACAAACAAAGACACAGCAAUUCUCUCCGGAAAUCUCACAUCACACAAUGGUAAUGGCAGUGGAGGCAUCAACUGCUCCAUUAGACGACUAACCUCUGAAAAGGGUUGGGGUGAACUGGAGGUGGGAGCAGGGAAUGGCCUCACAAUCGCCACCAAAGGCUUCAGGAACUUUUCACACGGCAUGUUUGGCAAUGGCUCCAUACUUACACACUUUACUCCAAAUGGCCUCCGUGUGGGAACUGUCGUAACGAUGGCAAAUCAGCUAGACAAACACACAGUAGGCUACCUCACAUGGAAGGCUGGAAUGCAAAGUGGAAUGAACACCAUGAUCAUCCGUGACACACCUACUCUCCACUUGGUCUUCUCGGCAUACAUCGGCAUCCCACACACCUAUGCUGCCCUCUCCUACACACACAAGAUGCCAGACCAUGAUGCAAAAAUUAAACUUACUGGGAAAGCUGGCACUUUUGGGGCAAUCCUGGAGUAUGGUGCUGAGAAAAAAGUCUCCCAGAACAGCUCCAUCUCUGCAUCAUUAGCGCUUGGUAUCCCUACUGGUGUCCACCUAAAGAUCAAGUUGCAUCGAGCCUCACAAACAUACAGCACAGUUUUCCUGCUGUGUGAGGAGAUUCUUCCAGCUCCUGUGAUCUAUGGUACCAUGGUGCCCCUAGUGUCCUGGAUGGCCCUGCAGAAGCUCAUCAUCCAGCCUUACCUGCGACGACAGAAACAGUCUGAGCUCUUGAAGCAGCGGGAGGCCAACAGAACCAGGUUAUUGGAGAAGCGGCGGGAGGCCAUGGCAGCGGUGGAACUGAUGAGGGAAACAGUGAGGAGAAUUGUGGAACAGGAGGAGGCUAGGAAAGGACUUGUCAUAUUGCAGGCUUCUUAUGGUCAGCUGGUGGUGGAGGGGAAGGAUGACCUUGCUCUCUCUCCAGAAGUUGUAGAUGUAACCAUCCCUCUUCAGUGUCUUGUAAAGGACUCAAAACUAAUUUUACAAGAGGCUUCAAAGUGCUCACUCCCUGGCUUCUAUGACCCCUGCCCUGGCGAGGACAAGAACCUGCGAGUACGCUAUUUGUUCCAUGCCGUCACACAUGAGGUUACAAUUGCAGACACUGAGUCACUCCGGAUACCCAAGCAAUCACAUCGUCUGGAAACAUAAUGCAGGAAGUUAUUGGUACUUGUACAUAUGGAAACUGUUGCCCUGUUUUACUGUACAUAUAUAUACCUUGUACAAAUUUGUAAACAUGAAAUUUUAUUGUCAGGAUUUAUCCAGGAUUGUAGUUUGGAAAUGACGAUGGGCAGCUUCAAGCACAAAAGUCUUUGUAGGUUGUAAAUUGCAUAAAAAUCAUUCUGGUUUACAGAAAAUAGUGUUGAAUCCUUCCUGUAAUAUAUUGAUAUAAAAUGUGAUAACUGUAAUUUGUCAUUCCAUACAAAAAAAUCAGGGAGGAGAAAGGAUAGAAAAUAAGUUUUUAUUUUGAAAGCUUACAAAUUCACUGACCAGAACAAUCAACUUCACUUUGAGCUUGAUAGUGCUAGUUUGUUGAUGGCAAAUAUACACUUACAUGGAAGGUUGUAUACUGUUGAGUCAGAAAUGUGGGCUCCUUGGCAUGUUGGUGUAUGAAGGGAAUGAACAGGAACCAGUGCUUCACCAUGAGGCAUGGCAAGGAACUCAACACAGUAACAAAAACAAAAUUAGCUUGCUAAUAGAUGGCACUCACCCACUGUAGAUUGCACAUUAUGCAGUGCUUGCUUGAGGCUUUCUAAGAGGAGGCAUGACACAAACUUAAGAGGUAAUGACUAAAAAUGCUCUAGGGUGGUUUUAAUAAAUGUUCCAGAGCCAUUUUAUCUAGCUCAAAUACUCACUACAUUGCUAAAAAUGUAUAUGAUUCUGGAACAGUUGCUUUGACUAUCCUAAGAAUGGCUUAGUAAAUUUCCAGACACGAGGAUCUUUCAUGCCUCUAAGAAGUGAGAAAAAGUAAAGAAAGCCAUGAGAGCAUGAGAAGCAUGAGUGAGUAUUAUGUAUUUUGCUUAGGUUACUGUGCAGUGCUCAUCACCUUGCUGUAGCUACUUAUUGUCAAGCUCUGUGUUAUGGACCUACAAGUAAUCACUAUAAUGGGCCAAUGAUAAUGGAUAAAAAAGAACCCAGCUUUUGUAGUGCUGGUAGGUGACUGUGGAAUAAAGAAAUUUGAAAACUAUAAAA